UGCGUCAGCACUUUUCCAGCAGAAGCCGGUGCGCGUGGAGAGCUUUAAUUACACGUUACGUUUUUCGCUUGUUUCAUAAUUCUGCAUCACCAUUAAUAAACCCGAGGAGGGACAUACCGGCGUCUCUCUCGUCUCCAUUUCUCCAAUCAGAAAGCGUAAGGAUAUGGUCUCAUUCAGCUUUGACGCCUCCCUUUCCAAACGUCUGUGAACGAAGCCUGACGCAACGCGCAUCCAGCCCGGGCUUAAGAAACCGAGCGAAACAUGAUGACGGAGUUCUGGAAGGAACAUUCCAAGUUUGCAACAGUAGAGGAGAUGAUGCUGGAUUCAAACGCUCAGGAACUGACCCAACACGAGCUGCCAGAGAUCCUCUCCCUGCUCCCUUCUCUGGCUGCUUCUGAUGUGCUGGAACUUGGUGCUGGAAUCGGUCGGUUCACACGUCACCUCAUUGGCAAGGCCCGUCACGUGACCGCUGUGGACUUCAUGGAGAAGUUUGUGGAAAAGAACAAAAAGGACAACAGUCACCUGGGCAACGCUGAAUUCAUCCAAGCUGAUGUCACAAAGCUGGAUUUCCCUAAACACAGUUUGGAUGUGGUCUUCUCUAAUUGGCUGUUGAUGUAUCUGAGUGAUCAGGAGCUGAAGUCAUUGGCUGAGAAGUUCAUUAUGUGGCUCCGCCCAGGCGGCUAUCUGUUCUUCAGGGAGUCCUGCUUUCACCAGUCAGGUGACUGCAAGCGAGAUUUUAACCCCACGCACUACAGAAGCCCUGCUUACUACAACCACCUGAUGUCGUCACUCCUGCUGGACGAAUCAGAUCAGACAGAGAAGAAAUGCUACGGGUUUGACAUGGUGCUCAAUAAGACAGUUCAGACCUAUGUGAAGAUGAAGAACAACCAGAACCAGUUGUGUUGGCUCAUGCAGAAGGUUCGUCGUGAUGCUGUACAGCAGCAUCAGGGCGGCUUUUCCACAUUCCAGGAGUUUCUAGAUAACCAGCAGUACACCAGAAGAGGAAUCUUACGUUACGAGAAGAUGUUCGGAUCAGGAUUUGUCAGCACAGGCGGAUUCAGCACAACAAAGGAGUUUGUUGAUAUGCUGAACUUGACCGCCGGACAGAAGGUUCUUGAUGUUGGCUGUGGGAUUGGAGGCGGAGAUUUCUACAUGGCCAAGACCUUUGGGGUUGAGGUUCUGGGCAUGGACCUGUCAUCAAACAUGGUGGAGAUUGCCAUGGAGAGAGCCGUGAAGGAGAAACUGCCAUUAGUGCAGUUUGAGGUGUCAGAUGCCACAAAAAGAAGGUUUCCUGAUGCUGCGUUUGAUGUGGUUUACAGCAGAGACACGAUUCUGCAUAUCAGGGACAAACUUGACCUCUUCAGAAAGUUUUAUUCAUGGCUGAAGCCAGGCGGGAAACUUCUGAUCAGUGACUACUGCUGUGGAGAGAAGCCUUGGUCUCCAGCGUUUCAGGAUUACGUUAACCAGCGGGGAUAUAUCCUCUACACACCUCAGAGAUACGGACAAUUCCUGAGUGAGGUGGGAUUCAGUAAUGUUCGCGCUGAGGACAGAACAGAGCAAUUUAUUCAGGUUAUAAAGGCUGAACUGCAGAGAGCCGAGAAGAUGAAGGAGGAGUUUAUACAGGAGUUCUCUCAGGAAGACUAUGAUGCUGUUGUAAACGGAUGGACAGAAAAACUGCAGCGCUGUGAGACUGGAGACCAACGCUGGGGGCUUUUCUAUGCCACCAAAGAAUGAGAGAGAGAGGAACAAUCCAACUAAUGAUCAAAUUCAAAUCAAUAUAUUUCAGAUGCUAUAUUAAACUCACUGUUCUAUCUAAUUCUGUGAAUUGCACAACAGUGCGCAAGCUUUGAGUAUCAGAGCUGUAAGACCGACAUACUGUUAUGCAGCAUAAAUUAAUAAAAUUCUACUUUUCUAUAUUA